GAGACUCCGGCCAUGGAGGCGGGGGGCUGCCGCUACCAGUUUCGAGUCGCGCUGCUGGGGGACUCGGCGGUGGGCAAGACGUCGCUGCUCCGCCGCUAUGUGGAGAGCGCGCCUGGGACGCUGGAGCGGGAGCCCGAGCCGGAGCCCGAGCCGGCGCCCACGGUGGGCGUGGAGUUCUACAGCCGCGCGCUGCAGCUGCGGGCCGGGCCCUGGGUCAAGCUGCAGCUCUGGGACACCGCGGGCCUGGAGCGCUUCAGGUGCAUCACCAGGUCUUUUUACCGGAAUGUGGUGGGUGUCCUGCUGGUUUUUGAUGUGACAAACAGAAAGUCCUUUGAACACAUUCCAGACUGGCACCAGGAGGUCAUGGCCACUCAGGGUCCCAACAAGACAAUCUUCCUGCUGGUUGGCCACAAGAGUGACCUGCAGAGCACCCGGUGUGUCUCGGCCCAGGAGGCAGAGGAGCUGGCUUCCUCCCUGGGCAUGGCCUUCAUGGAAACCUCAGCCAAAAAUAACUGCAAUGUGGACCUGGCCUUCAACACACUCGCCGACACCAUCCAGCAGGCCCUGCAGCAGGAGAACAUCAAGCUGGAGGAGGGCUGGGGGGGCAUUCGACUCAUCAACAAAACUCAAAUCCCUAGGCUCCCCAGCAGGAAGCAGCAUGCAGGCCCAUGCCAGUGCUGACUCCGGGAGGGAAAGGGUUAAAGUGGU